AUGGCUGUGACUCUGUUGGAGGUUUGGUGCAAGGGCAUGGACGUGGACCCCAGGAAGGCCCUGCUGAUUGUAGGGAUCCCCAUGGACUGUAGUGAGGCAGAAAUUAAAGAGACCCUGAAGGCGGGCUUACGGCCCCUGUGUGCCUACAAGGUACUGGGCAGAAUUUUCAGAAAGGAAGACAAUGCUAAGGCAGCUCUCAUUGAAUUGGCUGACACUGUCAAUUAUGCUACGAUACCCAGUCAGAUCCCAGGAAAGGGAGGUGCCUGGGAAGUGGUGGUGAAACCCCGUAACCCAGAUGCCGAAUUUAUCAACAGACUGAACUACUUCCUGAAAGAUGAGGGCCGGAGAAUGGUAGACGUGGCCAAAGUCCUGGGGUAUAGCACUCACCUUGAGGGUGUAAAGCUGGAGGACUUGGCUCAAGUCAAGUCACCAGUCGUGCAGCCUCUGAACGAUAGCACGUGGUACCGAAAACUGAAGGUGUUUUCGGGAAAUGCUUCCCCAGGCCCAGGUGAAGAGAAAUUUGAAAUCUGGCUAGAGCAGGUGACUGAGAUGAUGCAGAUGUGGCAGGUAUCUGAGGCAGAGAAGCAGCGGCGUUUGCUGGAGAGCUUACGUGGCUCUGCCCUGUCCAUCUUGCGGGUGCUCCGGGCCAACAAUGACUCCAUGACCGUGGAGCAGUGCCUGGACGCCCUGAAGCAGAUCUUUGGGGAUAAAGAGGACAGUAGAGCCUCACAGAUUAAGUGCCUCCAGGCUGUCCAGAAGCCUGGAGAGAGACUCUCUGCUUUUUUGAUACGCUUAGAGCCCCUGCUGCAUGAGGCCGUGCAGCACAACCCCUUGUCAGUGAGAAGCACAGACAUGUUUCGCCUGAAACACAUCCUAGCUCGGGCCUCCAUGACCGCCACCCUCCGGGGCAAGCUCAAUCUCCUGGAUCAGCGAGGGUGUGCGCCCACUUUCCUAGAGUUAAUGAAGCUCAUUCGAGAUGACGAGGGGGAGACCACCAUGGCAGUGACCAUGGAGCAGCAGAGGCAAGUAGGAAGUGGCCACAGGGCCUCGGGCAGGCAGGUACUGGUAGAAGCCAGUGUCCCGAUACCUCAGGUCAUGGUGCAGGCAGGGCAGGUUAGUGAGCGCUGCACUCAGACCGUCCAGGUAGGGAUUACCCCAUCACUGAAGCGCAAGCAGCUGCCGUGCAGCUACGGGGCCUGCGUCGGAGCCCACAGCCAGGAAGCGUGUCCUGGGGCUGAGAACCAACCUUCAAUAAAGCGUAGUCCUCAGCCUGCAGCAGAAGAGUCGGGAAACGAGAGGGGGACUGGGGCCACGAGCCACCCCAAGUCCCAGGAAGCAUAGGCUCAAGAUAUCCAGGCACCCCCUCCCCUAGCAGGCAACAGAAAUAUGUUAACAAGGGGAAGGGGCCGUCCACACAAACAGCAGGGGCCUUGAGUGGGGCAGAGGGGCAGAGCAGCCAGGCCCAGGCCCGGCCCCCUCAGCCUCCAGCAGCUGGAAAGGACUCCACCAAACAAGCCAAAAUCAGCUCAGGGAGGCACCGGCAACACAAGCAGGGGGCCACCAUGCGCAGCACAUGGGGUACGCGAGCCUCAGACAGACACCCCAACCCAGCAGAGGCUGAAGAAGGUGUAGUCAGGGGCUCUGGCAUCAGCCCCGUCUCCUGGCCACCCCCAAGGGCCCACCCUGUGGGCUCUGAGCUAACGAUGCAGACUGGCCCCCAGGCCACGGGGGGCCUGGAGGAGCCUUUCCCGGGGCUGCACCAGGCGGAAGGAGCCAGCGCUGGCGAGAAAGAGCUGUGGGGCAGA